AUGUCAACACGUGUCAGAUUUUCACAAGAACGUCCCGGAGUGACGUAUGUCCCAUCCACCCACAAUUCUCAAUCCACCAAUCUCCUGGCGGAUAUUCGGGCCAAACCCAUGCCCCAAAAACAUCCCGACCAAAAAUAUCAGAUGGAUGCUUGCACAGCGGCGAGCAUUGGCGACGAAUCGAUGCUCCGCGAGUUGCUGCGAAUCAACGCGAAUCUGAUUGUCGCGAAGAACUCGGCCGGUUGGACACCAUUGCUAUAUGCUGCCUAUUUGGGACACCAAACCGUUUGCGCAUUUUUAUUGGAUCACGGUGCGCUGGUGGAUGAGGCGACGAAUUCGCGACGACAAACACCGUUGAUGAUGGCUGCGGCUUGCGGGAAUUUGAAUGUUGUGCGGAUGUUGUUGGAGAGAGGGGCGAAUGUGCGGUUGGCGGAUUUUGAGAAGCGACAGGCUUUGCAUUAUGCGGCGAGUUGUAGUCAGAAUGUGGUGGUGGAUGUGUUGUUGGCAGCUGGAGCGGAUCCGAAUGCGCAGGAUGCGACAGGUGAGUGUGGAAGCUUGGACUUAGGCUGGGCUUAGGCUCAGGCUUAAGCCUAAACUAUAGGCUAAGCCUAACCCCAAUGCCUUAGGCUGGCUUAGGCCUAAGCUAUAGGCUAAGCCUAAGCUAUAGGCUAAGCCUAAGCUAUAGGCUAAGCCUAAGCUAUAGGCUAAGCCUAAGCUAUAGGCUAAGCCUAAACUAUAGGCUAAGCCUAACCCCAAUGCCUUAGGCUUAGGCUUAGUCUAAUCCUUCUGUCGCUCGGAAAAAUGCCACGUCAUAGUUCACCCUUGAAACUUUAUUCCCCUUAAUCAAGUUCAGAAUUUCAAAAAAAUUAAUUUUUCUCAUGAAGCUGUCCACAUUUUCCCAGGUUUUUGUAAUUCUUCAUACAAUCCACGAAUCCGGGGCUGAAAAUUGAAAAUUCAGAAUUUCCUAUAAUUUUUCUCACCAAAAAAAUGAGGUUCAAACCUGGAUUUGACAACUUGGAAGGUCAAGCAAAAGCUAAGGAGGAUGAAGCUGAGAAAUUUCAUUUUUAUUUCGAGGAAAAUGUGAAAGAUUUGAAAUUUUUUGAAAAAUUGGGAGUUUUAUGAGGUCUAGACUGGAAAAAUGGGAAAAAUUAUGUGUGAGAUUUUUCAGAAAAUUUGAAAUUUCUAUUUUCAUUGGAUUCUGACGGAAAAAAUAGUACAUGGCCUAGAAAACCAAAUUCAUGCUUAAAAACUCGGCCACGACCUAGAAUACCAAAAAUCGAUAUUAAAUACCAUUCUGGAAACAAUGAAACAAUUGAUGGCCUAGAAACCCGAAUCAAUCCCCUGAGAACUCGGCCACGGCCUAGAAUACCAAUUUCAGAGAAUGUUCAGUUCUCAAGACAAUUUUGGACACAAUGAAAUAAUUGAUAGCCUAGUAAACCAAAUUGAAAACUCGGCCACGGCCUAGAAAACCAAACGCAGUCUCAAAGUUUCCAGGCACCAGCCCGCUCCACGAAGCCGCAACAACCGGUCACGAGUUAACCUUCCUAAGCCUUCUGGAGAAAGGCGGAAGCCUCUCUCUGAAAAAUGAUCGCUCGGAAAAUUGCGCGGCUCUCGCCUGUGACAACCCAAAAAUCCUGCAAAUCAUCAACGAAUCAAACCGGGAAAAGGAGAAAUUCUCGUCAGAAUUCCCGGCUGGCGGGCCUGAAAAUCUAACCGAACUUCUGGAGGAAAUGGACCUGGUCCGAUACGCCGACCAAUUCAAGAAGGAGAGCAUCGAUUUGCGAAUAUUUUUCGAACUUGAAGAGGAGGAUCUCAAGGAUAUGAAGAUUGCAUUCGGGCCCCGGAAACGAAUGUGGGAUGUGAUUGAGAAGUUCAGGCAGACGGGGAUUAUCCGCGCCGAUAAUUUCGGGGCUGCAGCCGGGCCGUCUUCUGGCCCGGUUUCACCAAAGGCUGCCGAUUCGGUGACGUCGACGUUCAAGAGUAUUCGAGACAUCAAUCAGGGCACUAAGAAAUAUGCCAUGGAGGCUUUGGAAGCUUUGGGAGCCGGGCAAACUGAUAAGUUUGUGUUUUUUUUUUUAGAAAAAUCGCAGAGAGAGCUAGAUUUGGAGCAUUUUGAGCUCAAACAUGAAUAUUUUCUGAAUACUUCAUGAAGCCCUUAAGCUCCUUAGUGCCUUAAUUAAAUUUCCCAAGAAACCCUAACCGAAUUGAGCUAAAUAUCAUCACACAAAGACGAUAAGAAGAAAAUUUGGCAAAAUUCAAAAUUAAAACCAAAUUUCAAUUGAAAUUUUAGAAAUUUCUUCAUAAAACUUUCAUCAUCGACUUUUAGCAAGCAAUUUAUAAUGGAAAAAAUGACCGCAAGCUGGCUAAAAGUCAAAUUUUCUUGCUCAAAACUUCAAAUUCCCUCAAAAUCCCAAAAAAACUCACCUUUCCUCCAGUUUUCCUCGAAAUUCACAAUCCUUCGACCAAAACUCGAUUCACAAAUUGUUUCCAUCAUUCCGCUGACGUUUUUUCCUGUAAAUUAGAAACUUUAAACAAAAAAAACUAUAUUUUUUCAUAAAAUUACGUUUUGAGCAGCAUUUUUAGUAUAAAACUAUCGAAAAUCAACUAAACUUGUGUUAUUUCUACUAGGAAAAUAUAUUCUACAGCAAUUUUCAUUCAAAAUCAUGGAAAAACAACAAAAAAUACGCGAAAAAAUGUUUUUCGAAAAACAAAAAAAAACAAGAAAAUAAAAGUAGAAAUGGAAGUGCGCCCCAUUGAGAAAAGGUUCAUGUCGCGCACUCUCUCAAAAAUGUGUUGUGUUUCGUCGCGUUGUUUGAGAAAUGCUAUUUUUCUAAUUGUUGAAGCCUCUAGCAUAAGUUUUUAAGGUCCUUAACCCCAUUGGGUAUCAAAACAAAGCUUAUACCAUGAGAAAUCCAUAUUUUUAAAGGUUUUAAGCCCUUAAACCCCUUAUUUUUGCAGACUGCGUGCUCUUCUCAUUGGCAUAAUCGAUAGUGUCGAGCAAAUAACCGUCAAAAUUUCAAGUCAUGCGUGA